AAAAAAGCUCCUGCUGACUUAAUUCGAUCAAUAAAAUAACAGCAACGGAAAAACACAGCAAAAAAUACCCAAAACGGCAACUGUGCUCGCCUAUUCGCUUCAACGGUCGAGCCUGAGUGGAAACGGUCUUGCUAUGUGUGUAUGGAGCCCGCGAGAUACAAACCACGUAGGCGUGUUAUAUGUCAAAUGGUGAGGAAAGAGGGAAUGUGUCCAGGAUUGGAGAAGAAAACAAAGGAGAAUGGAAAUAAAUUAUGGAAAAAUAAAAAAGUCCCCUAUCCCCUCCAAACCGUCAGAACUUCACCUUCCAAGAGCAUCGCUCCAUCGCCCUGCUCUCCAUCCCUCUCCAUCUGCUGUGCGAUUUCCCUUGUUUUACCUCUCGCCAGUGUGCUCUGUCUCAUUUAGGCAAUACCGUUGUGCCACUGCGCUACGACUUUUGAGGCAUUUUUUGAUUUCUGUGUGUGCUUUUUAGACGCGGUGAAACGAAGUUGGUGUUUCGCGUGCUAAGGACGU